AUGUCCGGCUUCGAAAUUGCAGGAAUAGUCCUGGGAACGCUUCCUCUCGUCGUCACAGCCCUAGAGGCCUAUAGCAACUUCCUGCGCGACUGGGGCAAAGCUCCGGCGGAGCUGAGAAGCCUUAACCGACAAUUAUCCACUGAACGAGUGAGACUGUGCAACGUCUGUGAGCAGCUCAUCAGCGAUGUUGUAUCGCAGCGAGAUAUUGAGCCGAUGCUGCAAGAUCCAUUCGGACCCCUCUGGCAGGCUAAGGAGACCAACGACAGAAUUCGUCGGAGGUUAUGGGACUCAUACAGCCCGUUUGAAGAUACGGUCAAGGAAGUCGAAGACGCCCUACAGAGUGUGAUGAUGAGGCUGAGAAUUGACGUAUCAGCCGAUGGGACAGUCCAGUGGAUUGAACGUAAACGCGUCACCCGCGAUUCCAAGAAGCUGCUUUACCGUUUGAACCGAAAGGACUACCAAGAAUCUCUGAAAACCAUCUCCAAAGGCAUCACAAGUCUUGAGGGUCUCACUCAGCAGAGUGUUGGCCUUGAGCCCAGGCGCCGUAAGCAGUCUCGAUGCAAGGCCUUCAAGGUCUUGCGGGACCUCUCAGCGAGUUUCUAUCGAGCUCUGUGCUCUAGUAUUCUUUGCAACGACUCUCACGAUGUUAGUCUUGAAUUAGCGACGCGGUUUUUCGAUCUUGGACAUGAAUGGGAUGAUGAGAAGAUCAUCCAGGAUGCUCAGUUCAGACUGGCCAUCUCUUUCCAAGUUGCCAAAGGCCCAACGAGCAAGAUGUUCUGGGAUGAGGUUGACAUUAAGGCUAUAUCCGUAUCAAUGACCGGGUCGUCCACGCCCUGCGUUUUGACUCCAAAGAAGAAGAGUUCGAAGCGCGUCUCCUUUGGCAUUGAUAGGGCUUUAUCUCGUUUAAAUUUCACGGAACCUGCUACCGAAGUCAGGUCCAAUGUCAAGACAGCCAUGGCUAUUAUGACUCGGCCUGCUACCGACAUUGCAUUCAUGAAGUGUCCUGAAGAAGGCAGCGUCAUGCCAACAAUAAGGCCUCUGGAUCUUUGCCUGGCUCUGAAGAUGGCCCACGAGGAGAGACCGGCCUGCUACGGCCACUUGAUUGACAAGGAAUGCAGCCACCGUCACUUCCAAGUAUACCCACUAGGAACAGCAAUUAAUAGCGAUGGUUUGUUAAUAGUGACUCUCGAAGAUGUCCUUGAGGGCAAACGCGGGAACACACUGUCGUACGAACAUCCUUUCCUACAAAGGAGCCUACCGGAGUCUUCAUUUAAUCGCCUCGACGAGACGGCGGACAGCAAGGGCUAUUCUUUAUCGAGCAACCCGACACUAUUUUCACUUGGCAUGCUGUUGCUGGAGAUUAUUCUUGGUUCUUCACUUAAACAGCAGCGAGUGCCAGACGAGAAACGCCUUGAUGGGGAUUAUGACAGUCUGAUCCAGGACCUGACUAUUGCGAAUCGGAUGCUAGAGCAGAGAGUAGCAUUGAUUAGCCCAGCGUAUAAGGCGGUGAUUGAACGUUGUAUAGGAUGCACAGAUUCUAAAAGCCUCGAAGAGGAUGACUUUCGACAGACUGUGUAUAAUGGCGUUGUCAUGGAGCUGGAAGCAAUCUGGGACGAUAUAAAGCUUGGAAUAUAA